AUGGGCGCGAAGGACCCCGAUCAGGACUGUGAUAUGGUUACUGCGCUGGACAGAGACGCUUUGACGCCGACGGAAUUAAAAUUCUUGGAGGCAGCCAGAACCAAUAAAUGCGACAUCCUCAGGUCCAUAAUCGAACGCAAAAGCUGCAAUAUCAAUGUAAAGACCAAUCUGAAUCGAACAGCCCUCCAUAUGGCGGCCAGCCAGGGCAAUUUAGAAGCAGUUCAGCUGCUGGUCAAGGCCCAAAUCAUCAUUGAUACAGCGGACAAGCAUGGAAUGACUCCCCUCUAUUGGGCCGCAUUCAAGGAUCGUGUGGACGUUGUGCUCUAUCUAAUCGAAGCGGGCGCGGAUCCACGGCGACGAACCAAACGCGGAUAUUCGCUGCUGCACGUCAUCGCCAAGGCCGAUGCUAUAAAGACAAUGGAGGCUCUGCUACGCCAGAAGAUAAUAACUUACUUCACCGAGCUUGAUAAUGAUGACACGACGCCGCUGAUGAUUGCAGCCAGUAGCGGCAGCGUUUUAUCAACAACAGUGCUCUCGAAGUUGUGCAGAAUUGAAGAGGACAUAGACCAGCACCAAAAAAAUCUGCUGCACAUGGCCGUUCUGUCCGGAUCCUCAGAGGUGGUGUCGGUUCUCUGUGAAAAUCCUGCUGCCUCAACACUUAUUAAUGAAUUUGAUGACGAUGGGAUGACGCCUCUACAGUAUGCCGUCGAGGAGCUUCAUUACGACUGUGCAGAAAUUCUCUUGGCACACGGAGCAAAACCCAAUCUCAGAUCACCACAAACAAACUGCCCAAUGAUCACGGCUGCUUUAAAAGGCGAUAUUGAAAUGAUCCAUGUUCUCUUUUCGGGGAAGGCAGGUAUCAAGCAGAAGAACCGAUCUGGGAAUACACCACUGCACAUAGCCAGCAUGUCGAAUCAUAUCAAUUGUGUGAUGGAUUUGCUUCAAAUGGGAGCGGACAUUGAAGUGCGGAACAAGGAGUACCAUCCAAAUGGUGGUUUUCUGAUAACAUGCGAGACUUCCAGCUGCAGCCUCAAGAGCAAGGAACUCCGUGGUACUGCCGAGAAGACCGAAUCCUCCGAUUCCAUCUCUGAAACGGGGACAUUUGUCGGUUCACUCAGCCCUACUGAGUUCGAACAGCGAAGCAAAGAGGCCGGCGUAGUGUUGAUUAACGACCAGAUUGUCGUGCUGGGCUCUGACGCCAACGGUGAACCAGACUCUAGGGACAGCGGCGCCAGCUCGGCAAAGGAGGAUGACAGUGUCUUCUCCAUAUCCGAGGCUACAACCUACAAGAGUACGUCUCCGCACUCAAAACCACCAGCAUCACCACGGCACCGGCCGGCCGCAAAAGCAACCAAGGCUGGCGACUCUAAACUGACGAAUGGGACAGCGGCUAGUCCCGUGUCGGCGGCA